UGCAAUCAUAGCCAAGGUUUUUACUUACUAAAAGGAAGCUAGAGGCUUAAUAAUAACUGAUAGAAUAUAUCCACCACCCACAGAACAAAGCUGUGCUAGUAAUGUCUUACGCUUGUUUUUCAUAUUUUACUUUUUAUCCGGCAGAGUGUCAUUACAGCUUUAGUUCAUCAGGAAGUGACGGGAAGUGACGGUGGGCGUCCCGAGCAGGAGAGCUAGGCUCAGUGCUAGCUGUGAGUUUGGAGAGAGUUGGGAAGUGUGUUUAUGUUGGCGUGGAUGUAAAGUCCUGCAGUGUUCUCCGCUGUUAAUAAAGCCAUUAAAGUGCAUCGGCGACGUGAGUCUCUCCUUCCCCACAACAAGCGGCAUUACAGUAUUGACCAGUGCACACCAGGAAAUAAACGGUGUCAUUUCUUACAGGCAUUGGCUGGACAGCUAUGUAGUGGGGCUUGUUUAACCUUUGCCUUGUGGGCAAGCAGGAAGGAGAGACGAUGCUGAGAGAUGUGUGUGUGUUCUGAGCUGCUGUCUGGUGGCCGCGUUCAAGAAAUAAAGUUGGCAGAAGCAACAGGAGAAGUUUCUUUCUUUGCUUCGGAGCUGAAUAACACUGACAAGUUAACAGACUAGUAGCGAACGGAAAAGAAGACGGCUUUGUUUGUGUCGAAUACAGAAGAUGAGGACUUUGAUGGAUUUGUGGAUGAGGAUUGAUGAAAAAUAACUCAACAGCUUCUUGCAAUCUGAGGAGGAUCUGAUUCUGCUGCUGGACUAGCGCACCAAUCGUAGCAAGUCUCUCAGCAUCCAUGAUAUUUGAGGAAUGGUGAGGUGAUGAAGCUACAAGAACAACACGUAAGCAAUGCCCGGGAAGAAGAUGUCACAUGCUUUGACAGCAGACAAACAGGGGAGGCUGAACCAAGAGGAGAUCUGGACUCAUUCCCGGCGAUGUCCUGAGAGACGGUGUUUGUCGCCUGGCACCGACAUGCUCCUCCUCCUGCUCUUUGUGGCUGCCGUGAGUCAGCUUCCAGGCCAGUCUGCUGCAUUCAGUGUCACGGCAGCCAUUACGAGAUGUCCCAUUAAGUACUAUGGACACCUUUACAACACUAUAUAUGUGAAUGUGACAAACGGCACGACGGCCGCUUGUUUUAAAGGUUACUAUGGCACCACCACGGACAACGACUGCGUUGUCGUACGAGUGCAACAAGGCAACCAAGGGCUGGUUGACAUCGGUAACCUGGUAAGGGCACCCCCUGACUCCAACGCUCACAUCGCACUUCCACAACUUACAGGGACGUCCACAUGCUACACAAGAGUGAGAAUAAGACAAGAUGGGACACCGAUUUUCAAUAUCCUUUUUCGGAAGUUUGGGGAACAGCAAGUUGCACGUUUCAGAAUCCAUCGAAACAUAAACCAAGACUCUGAUGCCACUACGAUGGUCAACGGUGAAGAAGUGGCCGUGUGGGAUAUUACACAAUCACGGGAUAUCUUCAAAGACAUAAGCGGCUGUAGACAUUCAGGUGUCUUUUACCUACCUGACACUGUGGCUUGUGACCACCAAGGCACCUACGUUUCCUGCAAUGGAACAGCAAACCUUGAAGACAUUCCUCAAGACAACGACCUAUGUGUAAAUGGUGCAAUAUGCACUGUGACCGCUUCCACCAUCAUUGAUCACCAUGGCAACACUACCUCAGUGGAGGAUCGAUGUGCCUACACUUUGCUGUCAGAGUCAGGGGUCCAGGUGGUGGGCGUCUUUCAGGAACGCCGUCGUAAAGAUGUGAUGUUUUUGGACUGCGUCAUCAUCCAUCUAGAUGAUCCAGACGUUGACAUCCACCUGGGACAAGGUGGCAGGGUUGAGGCCAACGACACAGAGCUGAACCUCAGCGAUUCACCUGAGGAGCAUCACGGUGUGGACCUCCUGAAGGAUGAAACUGGGGUGACCGCCAAUAUGACUCACUCCAACUACUCCACCUUGGUCUUCUUUGAUGGAUACACAGUUCACAUCCACACCACACAUUCAUGGACAUUGAAAGGAUCAGAUGAGUCAGUUACGCUAACGGAGAAUCUGGAGGGUUGGUGCAGCAACGCUACCAUGAGUUCAAAUGAUGUGAAGUCGUCCGAUUUCAGCUCUGAGGGUUGUGAGGUACAGUUCAACGACACUGUUGACGGCAGCAUCAACUGCCCCACAGUCAAUGAACGCUGUGAACUUUUGAGAGGAUGGCACUUCAGUGACUGCCAGGCUGACAUCGAUCCAGAGCCAUACAUCAUCUCCUGCAACAGCACUCUGUGCCAAUACCCCGAUGUGGAUGGUCUUAGGUGCCAGUUUCUAGAGGCCUACACUAAAGCCUGCAGCCUGAAGAACCACACUGUGGCCGACUGGAGAACAAUGGCCAACUGCUCGGCCACUCAGGCCUUCUGUAAUGACACCCUCUGUGUGGAUCAUGAGUUCUGUGCUGAGGGCCUCAGUGGUGACAUCAGAUGCUUCUGUCGAGCCAUUUUUGUUUCUGACUACAGAUCCAACAACUCUUUGGGCCAACCGGUGGUCUGCAGUCCAAAUUCUGCUUCAAUGACUCUGCUUGGUUGUCUCCUGGAGGAAAUAGAUGUUGACUAUUCUGACUUACACCUCAAUGAGGACUCCUGCAGAGGUGACAGAGACAUGAACCACAUGGUGACCUUCCGUUUCAACCAGAGCAACGUCUGUGGGGUGGAGGUCAUGGUCAACAACAGCCACGUGGUUUAUAAGAACAACUUCACCAUAGAAGGGGGCACCACUGAUGUUUUUGAUAGGUUCAACCAGUUUGACACUUUGGACUUCUCCUGCUUCAGCGGUCAACCUGCCAUUCAGAGCAUGGCCUUCAAGAUCAGAGCCAACUCUGUGGUCCAGCAGAUGGUAUCUGGAUCUUGGAAUUACAGUGUCAAAAUGACAGCCUACACUGAUGCUGACCACAGACAUGCUGUCACGUCAGAUACUGAAAUCCAGAUGAACCAGACCGUCUUUGUGGAGCUGAAGGUGUACGACCUGCUUGACAACCUGGUCAACUUGGUGACUGACUCCUGCUGGGCAACCAGCAGAUCAUCUCCCACUGAGGCUCGGAGAUACAACAUGAUCACUGAUGGAUGUUCUGAUAACGAGCGCCUCGUGAAGGUGCAGGUCAAUGGCGAGGCAACAUCCAGCUACUUCUCCUUCCACAUGUUCCACUUCUCAGGUCGAGGUCAUGGCAUCUACCUGCACUGCAAAUUUCAUCUGUGCGCCAAUCAGAACGUCACCUGUGGCCCGAGUUGUGGUGAACCUGCUAAGAGAAGAAGACGCAGGUCUGCCAAGCCUGAUUAUGUUGGUGAGAGUCCCGCCCUUAUCAGCAUGUCCUGGACCAAUUAGGUUGUUUCCAUGGUGACUUGGACAGGAUACUUAUACUGCUUGGACCUUUUGCAGUGGUUCAUUCUUUGUCCUGAAUAAGAACUAUCAUGAUUGAAUGUGUUUUCUGUUGAGUGAGCAGAAACUGCCGACACAGAUAGUGGUUGUGUAUUUCUGACCAUGUGUCAUAAUAAAAACAAUGCUUCAAGCACCUUUCACUGAUUCCUGAAGUCCUUGGAUUAAUACAGGACUAGUUAAAAACAGCCUUCCAUCCAUUUUCCUCCACUGAUCCGGGUCACGGCGACAGCAGGCUCAACAGGGAAGUCUACAUUUCCCGACCCCCGGCCACCUCUUCCACUUCCACCAGGGGGGUA